CUUUUUUUUUUUUUUUUUUUUUUUUAUAUAUACAUGUCUUGGCUUAAAGUCUGGUGAAGGUAUCAUCAUUCUUCACAGUAUGACCUCGCAGAUCAGAUCAUGUAUGGACUACAAUGCAACUUCUACUUGCGAAAAAAAGUUGGCUAAUGUUUGAAUAGUUGAACGCAGCGUCGCAUUGGUGUGUAAAACUGACGCAUCGACGCUUCCAUCGCGAAACUCUUCUGAUGACUGACCGCUGGACCACUAGAGCACGAUGAUGGGAUCUCUGAAGGCUCUCCAGGAGUGGUGUCGGAUACAGUGUGAAAAUUAUCACGAUGUGGAAAUCAAGGACAUGUCGACGUCCUUUCGGGACGGCUUGGCAUUUUGUGCCAUCAUACAUCGCUACAGGCCAGAGUUGAUAGACUUCGACUCACUGUCUAAAGAUGACAUCUAUGCGAACAACCGACUGGCCUUUGAGGUGGCUGAGGCACAGCUAGGGAUACCUGCACUGUUGGACCCAGAAGACAUGGUAUCAAUGAAGGUUCCUGACAGGCUCAGCGUCAUAACCUAUGUCUCCCAGUACUACAAUUUUUUCAAUAACAAGUCUCAAGCAAACCCUCCCAGUAUAAAGAGGCUAGGUUCUGUCAGUCUUAAUGAGCCAGCCCAGAAAAGGCCUCCAACUCCACUUGAGGACCAAGAGGUUGAGUCUGAGCUGGGCCAGACCAAUGUGGUGGGGGUAGAAGCAUCAAAGCGCAGCACGAUCAGCAGCACCUGCACUGCCUGUCAUCAGCACGUCCAUCUGGUGCAGCGGUUUUUGGUGGACGGCAAGCUGUACCAUCGAAAUUGCUUCAGGUGCACUGAGUGUCGUAGCACUUUGCUACCUGGAUCUUACAAACAAGGCAGUGAUUCUGGGGCUUUGGUCUGCACCCACCACCUUACAAGGCAAGCUUCAGCAAACCACAAUGGCCGGCCAGAUCUUAGCAAGAGACCCAGUGUGGUCCAGUCGAUGAGGAUCGGUCGCAGCAAAACACCCCACACCUCAGCCUCUGAUACAGAGCAGCGAAUGACUGCAUCCCCUACGGGCAAAGUGAAUGAUACUGACAUGCCAGCUAACGUGACCGUCAUAGUCACUCAUGUAGCAACAAACAACGAGGUCUCCUUGGAAAACUCAGAUUUACUUAAUGACAGUGGACAAGCAGAAGAGAAACACCGCCCCUCUUCUCCUCCUAACCCUUUCGACGACAGUGAUGAGGAAGAUCAUGAACAAGCAGUGGAAGAAGACACACUAACCAGUCAUAAGGCUAACGGGGACCUCCCCUCCAAACCUGCCAAUCAAAAUGAAGCUGUCGCCCGACCAGUGCCGGCACCUCGCCGGGUUGCCGAGCCCAGCCCUCCGCCCCGCCCAUCCCCAAGGGUGAAGCUACCCCGGACAGCGGACGGCCUUGCAAUUGCAGGUGAACAUCCGAAGCCACCCACCCCUCCAAAACCCAGAGAGAGAUCCCAGUCUCCUAGAAGCUUGUCCACGCAUAAACCCAAAGACCCACCCUGGCUUGCCUUGGUCCAAUCAGAAACCAAGAAGAAGAAACCCCCUCCCCCUCCCCGCGCAGGACUGCCAACACCUCCCAACACGGGUUCUGUGUGUUCUCUUAAAGAGGAGGGCUCCAGGUCCAGCACACCCACUUUACCCUCCAACCCCUUUGAGGAUGAUGAAGAUGAAAAGAACGAGGCUAAUGAGGAGGAGGAAGGCAGUGCGAUUCCAGCCACACAGGUGGCGAGUCAUCCAUGGUACAGCAUCACACAGGUGGCGGAAGCCUCUGGUGCGGACACGCCGCCUAGCACAGGCAGCUCUUCCCGCUCGGCUAGCCCAGGAAGUGCUAAAAGCAAGAAACGACCAGCACCUCGUGCACCGCAGCCACCUGCUGCUAACCAAGUCCAUCCUCAUUCUCAGCAAUCUUCUUGCUCUCCAGCUGUCAGUGUGGAGAGUCUGUCUUCUGGCUCCGACCACAGCUCCUCCCAACUUCGUUCGGCCCCCGCAGGAGGCAGUGGCCAAGAAACCAGUUUCACCAAAAGCGUCUCCGAGCCUUCGAUCUGUUCGCCAUCUACCGCCUCUCCUUCCUCCUCCUCUUCCACUGAGCGUCUGCCUCAUUCUUGCCUGAGCCCCUUUGCAUUUCCCGCGCCGUCAAAUGCAAGCUCCGCGCCUGCCACCCCACAGGUCAGUCGCAGCCAUGAGACCAAAGCGACUGGACCCUCCCCACCACGGCCCAUGACCACUCCCAGCCCAUUGGCCUCAGGGGACACCCUUUCACACAACAAGCGCAUUUGUAAGGAAAAUCCAUUCAACAGGAAAAUUUCUCCCUCAUCUGGUAAAUCCAAAAGUAAACCCCCAAAAGGUCCUCGUCCUUCCAGACCCCCAGCCCCAGGCCAUGGCUUCCCGCUUAUCAAACGCAAGGUGCAGUCCGAUCAAUACAUCCCCGUGGAGGACAUCCACGGGGAGAUGAGUCAGCUGGAGAAACAGCUGGAUGAGCUGGAGCUAAGAGGUGUGGAACUGGAGAAGCUGCUCAGAGACAGUCCCAAUGAUGAGGAUGAGGAGCACCUCUUGGUCGACUGGUUCACACUCAUUCAUGAGAAGCAUCAGUUAGUCCGGCGAGAAGCUGAGCUAGUCUACACGGCGAAGCAGCAGAACCUGGAGGAGAGACAGGCUGACGUGGAGUAUGAGCUGAGGUGUCUUCUCAACAAACCCGAGAAAGACUGGACUGAGGAGGACAAGAGCCGCGAGCAACAGCUGAUGGCCGAGCUGGUUACAAUCAUUGAACAACGCAACCAAAUAGUCAACUGCAUGGACCAGGACAGGCAGAGGGAGGAAGAGGAAGAUAAGUUCAUGGAAGCCAUGCUGAAGAAAAAAGACUUCCACAAGGAGUCGGACGGAGACCAGCAGAAGAAAAAAGGGGCAAAGUUCAAACCCAUGAAGGUUCUGAAGCGGUUGAGUCACAAAGGAGAACCUGUAAAAAGUCCUCGUAAGGACAACAGUUGAUCCACGCAAACAGUUUUUAAGUGUUCUCAGAAACUCAUGAAUGUCUUGAAGUGCCACACAGCCAAAAUGACAACUCCAGUGCUUUAAGAACUCACGGACCUGUUGGGUAGCUCUCUGUGGUACUGCACUGACUUGUUGGCUGUUGCCUGGCUGUCACUGAUCAAAGCUCAACUGACCUGUAAUCAGUUUCCUAUCAGGUGAAACUAUAGUUAAAGGCAGUUAGCUUGAAGUUUCAGAGGCCCCAGGUGUCCUCAGUUUAUUGGAUGACAUCUCAUCAAAGGCUGUUCAAAGUCCUCUAAAUUGUGCACUGAGUAAACAGAAAUUGUUCAUUUGGUCAAAAAGAUUACUUUCAUAUAAGCUGUUAGCUGCUUUAUAGAAAACAUUGGGAUCUUUUCUUCACUAUUGUUAAGCAUGUCAAAGAUAGGGAGUAGCAGAGUGACAUAAUUUGCACACAUAUCUGCGGUGUUGAAUCUUGAUAGUUAUCUACAUCUGUGUGAAAAUAUUCAUUUUAAAUGUCACAUAUGCAGUUGUGUUUUAACAUGGCAAAGGAACAGUUUUUCAUCUUUUUUUUUAAUUGGCAAAACUCUGUUAAUUUAUUUUACUAUGCUUCAUGUUUUUUUUGUUUGUUUUAAAGUGGAGAUAAUGUUUUGCAUAACUGCCAUUUAUUUAAUUGCAUAUUCACAUCAUCUCCCUCGGUGAAUCGAGCCACUUCUGUUGUAUCAAUAUCAAAUGUUUUAAAUUUCAAAUGCAGCAGCAAAAUAAUACAAAUAGUGGUGAGACUGGAAGGCAGACAAAUAAAGCAACUUGAUACAAGUACAA